AUGGAGGUGGUGCUGGUGAGCUCGUCCAUUAACGAGCGUGACCAGAUGUUGUUCAUCAGCGCUGACGAGGGCUCGUCCUUCCAGCGGCAGCCCGUCUCCUUCACCCCCGACAUGCUGCUCUUCCACCCCAAGGAGGAGGACAAGCUGCUGGCCUACUGCAAGGAGGGCAGGCUCUACGUCUCCACCGACCUGGGACGCAAGUGGAUUCUCCUGCAGGAGAGAGUCACCAAGGACAAGAUCUUCUGGUCUGUGUCGGGGGUGGACGUGGACCCUGACCUCGUGCACAUGGAGAUGCAGGACUCCAGUGGAGGUUACCUCUAUGUGACAUGCCUCAUCCAGAACUGCUCAGACAAGAUGGUGACGGCGCAGUUCCUGGGGAAGAUCGACCACAACUCGCUGCUGGUGCAGGACGACUACAUCUUCGUCAAGGUUACCAGCGGCAACCGCACCAAGCACUACGUGUCACAUCGACGCACUGAGUUCGUCCAGAUGAGGUUCCCCAAGUACGCUCUGCCAAAGGACCUCCACAUCGUGAGCACCGAUGAGAGCCAGGUGUUCGUGGCGCCAGAGUGGUACCAGACGGACACCUACAACCUGUACCAGUCGGACCUUCAGGGCGUGUACUACUCGGUGGUGCUGGACGUGCGCAGUACCAAGCAGCCCGAGGAGAGCGUGCUGGUGGACGUCCUGGAGGUGCGCGGCAUCAAAGGCGUGUUCCUGGCCAAUCAGAAGAUCGACGGGAAGGUGCGGACCCUGAUCACCUACAACAAGGGGCGGGACUGGGAUCACCUGGCCCCGCCCAUCAAAGACAUGAACGGCCGUGCAGUCAGCUGCAAAGCGUGUGAAAUACAUCUCAUGUUUAUUCUUCUCCUACUCCUUCCUCUUCCUCCUCCUCUCCCUCCUCCUCCUCCACCUCUCCCUCCUCAUCUUCCUCAUCCUCCUCCUCCUCCUCUUCCUCAGCCUCCUCUUCCUCCUCCUCCUCCUCUUCCUCCUCCUCCUCCUCCUCCUCCUCUUCCUCCUCAUCCUCCCCCCUCCACCUCGUCCUUGUUGUUGACCACUGUGAUUGGUUCCUUCCCCCCCAGGUUCAGUAUUGACGAGGGUCAGACGUGGUCGGUCCAUAACUUCACCAGCACCUCGGUGUUCGUGGAUGGGCUGCUGAGCGAGCCGGGGGACGAGACGCUGGUCAUGACUGUGUUUGGCCACAUCAGCUACAGGUCGGACUGGGAGCUGGUAAAGGUGGACUUCAGGCAGUCUUUCUCCCGGCAGUGUACAGAAGAGGACUACGACCCCUGGACACUAACAGACCUGCAGGGGGACAAGUGCAUCAUGGGACAGGAGCGGUCGUUCCGGAGGCGGCGGGAGGGCGCCUUCUGUAUAAAAGGGAAGAGCUACACCUCCGCACUGACUAGCAAGCCGUGCGGCUGCACAGAGAGGGACUUCAACUGUGACUAUGGAUUCGAGCGCUCCCAGGUUCUGAAGGCCGAUGGCAGUCGAUGUUUUGCGGACUUCUGGCACGACCCCGACGCCCCGCCCGACACCUGCCACCUGGGACAGAGCUACGAGUCCAGCACCGGGUACCGAAAGAUGAUCUCCAACGUGUGCGAGGGCGGUGUGAACAAGCAGCAGAGUGCCAAGCAGCAUGCCUGCCCUCUGCUGCCGCCCAGGGGCCUGCAGGUGGGCAUCAAGGGGCAGAUGUUGGCCGUGGCGCCCGGUGAUGACAUCACCUUCAUCGUCCACCAGGAACAGGGCGACACCAGCAGCACGCGCUACCAGGUGGACCUGGGCGACGGCGUGCGGACCAUCUACCAGAACCUGACGGUGACGGACGAGCCCAUCCAGCACCGCUACGAGGCCCCCGGCGUCUACCGGGUGGCCGUGAAGGCCGAGAACACGGCCGGCCACGCCAGCGCCACCAUGUACAUCCAGGUCAUAGCCCCUCUACAGGAAGUGCACCUGGAAGUGGGUCCGAUCGCCGGGAGGAACCAGCAGGUCAACCUCACGGCCACGGUGCUCCCGGUCGAGGCCAACCUCACCGUCUUCUACUGGUGGAUCGGAGACAGCCUCCAGCCCCAGCUCUCCCUGGAGAGCAGCAUCCUGACGUGGUUCACUGAGGCAGGGGAGGUGAGCGUGACGGUGCAGGCCUCCAACGGCCGCUCCAUGGUGCAGGACUCCCGGAGCGUCAGGGUCUACGACAUCUUCCAGGUCAUCCCGCUGAGCUUCAGCCCCAACCUGGACGGCCUCAACCCCAACAUCCCCGAGUGGAGAGAGGACAUCGGCCAGGUGGUGACCAAGCUGCUCACCAAGAUCACAGGCAUCCCAGAGGAGUCGCUGGUCACCAUGGUGAAGCCAGGACUGCCCACCACGGCCAACCUGUACAUCGUACCGCUGGAGAGCAAGCCAGUCACCAAGAGUGUGUUUGUAGAUAAGAGAAUCCCAGCCAUCAUCCAGGCGUUCAGCGACAACAACGUCAGCUUCGUGGUGCGUGGAGGGGUCAAGGUUCUGGUGAUGCUGGCCGACCCAAACGCAGGACUCGGCCUAGUUGCUAGUGAGUCACCAGACACCACGACGGAGAACGGUUACCACGGGGCCGCUGGGGGCCCGGGGGUUUGGGCCCUGGCCGUCGUCCUGCUGAUCAGCCUCCUGGCCUCAGGGUCGUUCAUCCUGUACAAGUUCAAAAGUCCUUGGCUGAGGACUGAGGACGCCUACCCUCCGCUGUUUUUCAGGAAGCUGCCGGGCAGCCGCAACGUGUACGCCCAGAUGCACAACGAGAAGGAGCAGGAGAUGACCAGCCCCGUGAACCACAGCGAGGACACGCAGCACAUCAUCCAGGGGGAGGAGUUCAUCGACGACGACCUGGACGCCCAGACGCUAGGCAAUCAUUCGGGCGUGGUCCUGAGCGUAAACUCCAGAGAACUGCACAGCUACCUGACCAGCUGAUGGCUGCCACGGCAGUGUGCUAACCGAGCUACGUUAGCCUAGCCUAGCCGGCUAAUGAGCACAGAGACUUCCACACUCUGCCUUCCUCUUUUUAAUGGCCCACAAUGCACCCCGAGUGGCGGGGAGGGGUUCUUCCUUGCUCUACGUCCCACCCAAUCACAGCUUGACUCACACAUUCACCCACAGAGCACUUCUAGUAAUCUCGUAGUGCCGCUUUGCUAGCAGAGCCUAGCAAUAGUUUCACACCAUUCCCUGUUCUCCGCACCCUCGUCUCUCUCCUUCAACAGCGGUGGUUGAGGUUAGAGGCGGGGAUUGAAGGAAAUGCACUUCUAUGCUUCUGUCUUUUAGCUGCGUCUUUGUCGAGGGCCUUGCGGGCACACACACAUGAACACACGUUAUCCUUAGUCACUGUUACCAUAGAUCCCGAAUCACUAUCACAGGUAAUGGACUUCAGGAUUCUGUCCAUGGCAGACUACUAAGUCAAAGCCACACCAAGUAUAUGUGGCCAAAGAUUAGCAUGGCCAGCUUCUGUCCCCGGCGAUUUUGCUGUCGCACAAAAGUUGUAGUGUAUUUUACGUUUUUAACGACUUGACCAGGAUUUUCGUUCAAUUUUUCAUACUAUUCUUACACACUUUCAAGCUCAUUAUGUACAUUUUCGUGUCACUGUCGUUCUGUCUCCUGAAAUGACUGUGUACUCUCACUGUUUUAAGGCAAUAAUAUUCUUUCAGAAAGAAAGAAAGAAAGAAAGAAAGAAAGAAAGAAAGAAAGAAAGAAGGAGAAAUACAUUUUGUUAAAUGUUUUGAGGUUUUCAUGAGUUUCAAGACGGAGAAAGUAGGGUAGCAACUAAGUCAGAGCUAAAUAAGCAGAACUUGACAGGGGGAAAGGAUUAUUUACAACAAGUAUCCAACCUUAUGUUUAGCCACACUGCUAAGAGAUAGACAUCCUUUUGUAGUUUUGUGUGUAAGCGUGUGUGCGUGUCGAUAUCAAGAACUAGUCUGGAAUCAUAUUUAAAGAUUUUUGUCUGUUUGUAGUUCAUCUUUUUUUUAAACACAAGUCAGAUCUCAAACCAAUCGAAAAAUGUAACUGUUGACAACAUCACAGGUUAAUUAACACAUCCAGACUAUCCCUUAUAAAGUUAAUUUGGCAUGGUUGAGAGCUGCUAUUCAUUCUACAACACAAACGUUGGUCCCAUGGUGCCUAAAAAGGCGGAUUUUGAAUCUGCCCCAAGACAUAACCUGUGCUCGUUUCGUAUUUAUUCCUUCAUUAAACCAUAUGACCCGUCCGCCCCCACAGUAACUUGUCAGGAGUUCAAAGGUAUACUGGUUCCCCAGGAGUCGAGGAUUGGUGUCUCCGAAGAGGCGUGGUUGGGAUAUACACUGUAUAAGCCUAUAUUAGGCAUUGUCAGGGCGGCAAUCUUGUCUCCGUAAGGAUUAGAUUUUCUUGUGUGUGUAUGUGGGUGUGUGUGUACAUAAAUAUGUAAAUAGAACAAUCUUCAAUUGUAAAUAUAACUCCCUUGAUGUGUGACUAUUUUUCACUAAUACCAAAAUGCUUUUUUUGUUUGUAUCGUUUGCUUUUCUGCGUAAUCUCGCAUCGAUCCGAACAACUUUUCAAACUCGCAAAGAGGUUUGGGGACAUUUUCGACAACAACUUUUAAUUGUCACAUUUGAGGAAACAGAUAUCUGUCAUUGGUCAGUUCAAGUGUAUUGACAGCUCACUGUGUUUCAGCUCCUUUCCUGUUCAACUUUCAAUGUAGAAUUCUGACUGGAGUGACUUAGGAUUCUCACUUGAAGUAGCUCUUCGUUGAAUCAGAGCGUGGCGAAUCUUUCACUUAGCUGACACGGUUAUUUCAACGUGGUGUAAAAACAUGCUUUACACAUGUUUUUAUUUCAGCAUAAUAUGUCCAAGAAAAUGUCUUGGAUUGUCAACUGCUUUUUAUUGUGGUUCAUCAAGUUUUAUCAUCACUAUACAUCUAUAGUCACAUACACACAGUGAUAUCCAGUUACACAAAUAUUUUUGAUACACAACUGUCAAAUGCCUUUUUUUUUUCUUAUGUCUUUUACAGAAGUUUAACAUCUGUUGGUUUGUUUGCACUAAUUAUAUAAUCUGUGAUGUAUUGAAGGUGUAUUAUAUAUUUUGGCUGCAAAAAAGCUGCCACUACAAAUCCAGGCAAUAACGGUACAGGACCAUAAUGGUGAUCGACUCAAAGGCUGCAUUCCAAUACUCUGUCUGUUACCUUUCUUCCCAAAAUGUCAAGAUGCUUUCAAAUGACGGAGAAGCUGCCUAAAGCUACUGACGAGUCUUCCUUGGACCAAAGUUCCUUGACUGCGUCCUUAGACAUACUGUUUACUGAUGUAAGUUAUUUUAGUCUAGGCUUCUUUUGAUGACAUGUUUCAAGCUAAAAAACAAUUAUGAAUUGUUUCUUCUCCACAUAGUGGACAACACAGUAUAUGGUUUUAUGAGUUUGUAGAUAAGUUAAAUACUACAAUCAUGGCCUCCUUGCCAUUUGCACCAAAGCCAAAACAGACCAAAGGUUUACCUGGGUAAAUUAGAACCUGUGGGUGUGGCUUAUUUACCAUUCCGCCCACUUCCAGUGAAGGUUGUGGUUGGGCCCAGAUCACCAACAAGUAGAUUCCACACUGGCACUUUACUCCAGCACGAUUAAUCAACGAUAAUGCUUUGUCUCCCUAAAGGUGUGAUAAACAAGCAAAAGGAAGUUGGAUUUUUUGGAAUGCAGCCAUAGUCGAUAGAGGUGAACAUCUUGACGCAUUAUUAGCGCCAUGCUGUACUUCACUGUUCAUUGCGCACCUGAGAAAACAAACAACAGAUCACUCGUGUUUCACAUCAUGUUGAACAUAUUUUGUACAUAUUCUGCUGUUGGUUGGCUUCGUGGUGUCGUAUGUUGUUAGGACAUCAGUCCAGCAAGGCCACACCAGGGGGGUGGCGCAGUGGGGGGUAUAACAGCAUCCCGAUGUUGGCUUUUUUUGACCUCGCCACUGAUGCUACAGAAUUUGACCAACCCCUUUUUUGAUUUUAUUUUCGUUUUGCUUUUUAUAUUGCUUUACUUUUGUUUUUGUUGUUUUUGUUUUGUUUUUUGAUUGAAGGAAGUGUUGUGCACUUAACCUGCAUUCCGGAAUUAAAUCACUCCCACAACU